GUUCAACUAUUUAUAAUCAAAUAGGGUGCGCCUGUGUGAGCGUAUGCUUACGUUAUGCACCGCACACACAUGCACGGCGAGUCGAGCGAGGCAAUGAUGUGCACGAAGUAUUAUCCCUUAUUACACGAUCCGCUUCCGCGCCGGCCGCACGUACAAUAGUUGUCUGCCGACCUCUUUUGUAUCGAAGUCGAAGUGUCAGCUUGUUUACAUCGAAAAGCUAGAGCGAUGCAUAGUGCGUUAGUUAGCGCGAUUGUGUCAUCGACCGAGCAUCGGUUAUCGCUAAAUUGCGAGUGAUUCACGGACAAUGUUCGCGACUGUGGUUUUACUGAAACUUUUUGUGAACUUGUGAAUUUUUUAAAGGUCCAAAGUGCCGAUCUUAUUAGCCAAAUUGAACUGUGACAUUUUUCUACAUUUAGACUCAGUGUGCCAUUUUCGAGUGUCAAAGUGUUAUCUUCGAGGAGAUAAAACUUAUUGUUAGAAAUAAUUUUCGAGAAAAUAUACGGACUUAUUUUUUUUUUUGGAAAAAUAAUAAAAAUCAGAAAAUAUAAAUAUAAAUAAAAAUAUCAUCGAAAUUAUCUCUACUUAGAAAAAAGUCGACCAUAAAAUUGACACAAAUAUAAACCAGUGGAAAAAAAAGGUUUAGAAAGAAAUAGAACGUCGUUAUCCAUAAAGAUAAAAAAGUCGAAGGGAGACGAAAUCCAAACGCGCGCGAGCAUUUAUGCAUACAAAACAAACCGCAAUCUGUCCACGCUUCUUCCGUAGAAAAAGGCGUUGUGAGAGACAAAGAUGGCUAUAGCGUUCAACUUGCCGAGCGAAAGAGAGGCGGCUGAGGAGAACUUUUCACGAUUGAACCGGCUCCUCGCUGAGUUGUACGAGGUUUUAUGCCACAUCUUGGUAUCACGACAACCUGGGCAAGAAGCCCAGGAGAAUCGGCGAGAACGUCCAUACUCCGAGUCAGACAUAGAAAGACAGCAGAUCUCAACGCCUCAGCAGUGCCGUCGCUCAGCGUCCUCCCCUCCACUCGCCUUAACCUUCGACAGCGACGACUUGGAAGACGAUGUUUUCGCCCCACGAACUGACAAUGGAAAUGAUAGAUUCUCAACAACAAAUCUUGAGAUAUUUAAUUACGGACGAUCUCCAGCCGGUGUGCUCUUGAGUCCAAGACGCGAAAGAUCUUUCAAUUUUUCGGUAACCAGCGAAAAACAUUGGAGGGAUAAGGGUGGGACGGACGUGGUUGAUAACGUUAUUGACGCUGACGUGACUGAUGCUGCCACACCAAGGUUGACCGAAAAGGAGACUUCAUCAUCAGAGAGUUCAAUAUUUUCAAUUCUACCUGACAAGUUGUCAGGUUCAAUUUGCACGGCUGUAUUAUUCAUGCUUGGCUGGAAGCUCUUCAGUAAUAAACGAUGAAAAAUUAAAAAAGAAAAAACGCUUGGUUUGUUAAAACACGAACUCGUGCAAGAGUAUUUUGAUACAUUUUGUUAUGAGAUAUAUUCUAAAAUACGCCACUUUUUUAAUUUAAUUUUUCUAUUUUAAAAAUGAAAAUCUUUUAUCUGAUCGAAAACGGAAUUCAAUAUCAUUUCAAAAUGAAAAUGAUUUUACACAAUUAGUUUUAAUUGUAGUUUUUGAUAUGUAAUAGCAAUAUAUUUAGUGUAUUUAAGAUUAUGCUGUACACAUUAUUGUAAAGUUACGCGUGUAUAUAAAUUUACCUUCAAAGUUUCGUAGACUGAUUGUGGAAAUUAUAAAAUCGUUGAAUUAAAUGUUGAUGAAUUUCACAUUUAUUAUUUUAUAAAAAUUUGAAAACGAAAUAUUUUAUUUGAUUUCCGAAAAUGAAAAUGUAACAUUACAUUUUUAAUUGAAUUACAUACGUGCCGUAAUUAUGUAACAUGCCUUUGAUACUUAUAAUAUAAUUGUAAUCGAUAAAAAGUUAUAUAAACCGUGUACAUAAAUAAAAUAAUUGAACUGAAAUAAUCUGCGCACAAAAUUAUAUUAAUCAAAUUGUAGAUCUUUAGAUGUACGUCAUGAAAUUUAAAAAAAACAAGUCAAUUGACAUUCCGCUCUGAAUGUACAUAUGUUAUUGAAAAAUACCAUUUUAGUAUCUUGUUAAAUUAAAGUAGUUGUUUGUAGCUUAAAUCGUUUACACGAAAUAUUAUACAGAGGUUAAAACGUAAACAAAAAAAAUGAAUACGGACCAGAAGUUAGAGCGAAAAUAGACUUUCAAUCUAUCUGCAAAGAGUCUAUUUCACAAUAAAUUGUUCCAAAGAGAGCAGCCUAAAAUUGUCAUCGUUUGAUCUCAUUAUAUUUGUAAUAAAAUGUUUAUUUUUAUAAUAUUUUAGCUUAUACGAUAAACCGAUUUUGAUGAAGGCUUAAUAGUAAAUUAUUUUUGUCAAUAUUGGUCUAAUUAAAUAAAAAAUAUAAGUUUGCUUUAAGAUAACAUUCAUUGACGUUUUAUACGAAAAUAUAUAUUAAAUUAAACAUGUAUAUUAUGUAUUUUAUAAUCGAAAUAUAAUAACGACAAAAUUAUAAAUUUAAUUGUAUUUGUAUGAUACGAUUUUUAUUUUCGUAUUAAAUAAAAUUCAUUUUAGAUUUUUUUUUAAAUGUUUACAUUUAUAUUUUCUAAAAUGAAAAUGAAUUUAAAAAUUUUUGAUUUUCGAAAAUAGAUUUAUAUUUUAUGGGCAGGUAUAUAAAUGAAAAUGCCUUUGUAUUGUAAGUUAUUUUGAUAUAAUUGUAUAAAAAUAGUUAAAGCUAGCGACUUGAUUUUUAUGAGUUUGAAAAUAAUUUCAACUCGAUAUUAAAUCAUGUUUUUAUUAGUAAGAUAUACUCAGUAAUACAUAACACACAUAAUAUAAUAUAUAGUUAUAUAUUUUAAUUUUUGUUUUGAAAUGUCCUUAGUCGUGGUUGAAAUAAACUUAUUUUACCAAGCCAAUAAAGCAUUUAAUUCCAAUAUAAAAAAUGUAAAUUUAAAUAAACAAAUAGAAGAUAAAGAAAAGAUUUGUUUCGAUAUUAGUUAAAUUUAUUUUACAUAAAAAGACACAACAAUAUUUUCAUGGUAUAAAUAAAAUAAAUGUUUCUAAAGGAAUAAAAUAGCAUAUAUUUAAUUCAAAUCAAUUGCUGUAAAUAUAUGCGAUUUCAAUUCAAUAAAAUAAUAACAUGUAAUAAUUUCAAUAACAAAAUAAAUAUUUAUUAAUAAACGAAACAGAUAUAAAAGCAAUUUCUUUUAAUGAAAUGGGAUCAAAUACAUUUGGGAACAAACAUUAAUUUGAUAUAAAAUUAGAUUUUAUUUAAUUUUUAUUUUAAGGUAAAACAAAAUAGACAGAAGGAUGUGUUCAAAUGUGAUAUGUAUUUAUUUAAGGAGACAAUUAAAUAGAUGAAAAAAAAAAAAGAAGUUUUCCUAAUGAUCUCUUAAAACCUCUCUUGUGCUUGGUUUGUUGAUUGAACACUAGAAAAUAUAAUCUUUUCUAAAUUAUCUUUCUUUAAAAUCUUAAGCCAAAGUAUCUUUUAUCUAUCUCAUUGUUUAUAUUUACUAGUGUUCAGUGCAAUGAAUUUAAAAUAAGCACAAAAGGAGUUUUGUAUAUAAAUUUUUAAAUUGGUAUGCUUACGCUUUUUUAUAAGGAUUGUAGAAAAAGUCUAAAUUUUCCAUAAUAAUGCUUCAUGUAACGGGUUAUUGGGGGAACAUGCAAAUUCUAAUUAAAUCGUAAUGAUCUAUAUUUUAAUUUAACUUAUUUGUAAUGAAAGCUGAAUGCCAAACAGCGGCUCUAUGUAAAUCUUUAUUUACGUUAAUAAGUAUCGAUAAGUACGAGUUUUAGGCGAUUUACGUCACUCUCGAAAGCAAAUAGCACAUGUGUUUAUCACGUUUUAAUAUUUAUUACAAAUACGAUUACAUUUCAUGAAAAUAAAAUUUUACAUAAAACGAAAACAUUUACGUAAAUUAAAAAAAAUAAAACGAACCUUUAUUUAAUUAAUUUGCAUAUUCUCCAAAUUAUUCAAUUGAAAAAAAAAAUCUAUGCUUCGCUGAACUAUUUACCGUAAAUGUAAUUCCUAAUAAUUGAAAACUAAGCAAUAUUGUUGUAAUUACUCAUAGUUUGUAAGAAUAAUCUCAUUACCAAGUAUUUCUGUUGAUUUAAAUACACCCGCUUCGUGUAAUACCGUCUACGGUACUAAAAUGAUAUAUAUGACAACGAAACAUAAUAUUUUAUAGCUUAUAUAUUCCAUUUCUUUAUUACAUAAGAAUAUUAUAAUGAUUAAAAGUAAGAGAUCUGACUGUUUUACAUAAAUUCCAAUACAAGAAAAAAUAAAAACUCUUUUGAAACAAGAUUCAAAGUAAUACGUCCAAAUAAAAAUGUAUAUUUUCACAUCUGGAUAUAAUUAAAAAUGUCUAUAGAAUAACUUUGGUAAUAAUGUAUAGUUGAAAAGAAAUGGAUUAUAUAUAUAAACCUAAUACAAAUAACCGAUUGAUAAAAAAAGUGAAGUUACCUCAUCGUUAAUUGAAAAUGACGAUAAUUUUAAAUUAUAACACUUUUUUAACAUAUUAAUGAUUUCAAUUUAUUUGGUUUAUUGAAUAAAUUUACGACUACUUAAUAUUCAACUAAAUUGCAUAAAUAAUACGCUCAAAAAUUGCGAUUAUUCUAUUUUCAAAUAUCGUUGGUGAUUUAGUUGAUUUCUUGUUUCGUAAAUGAAUUUCUAGUAUUUUAUAAAAUGUUGUGUAUCGCUUAGACUAGUUACAGAACGGCUUGUAAAUUUAGUUUGAUUUAGUUUAUAGUGAAAAUGUAUAAAUUAGUUCAUAUUUUUGAUUAUUAUUUUGUACCAAUCGAUUAUUAUAUUUUGUGUAUUCGAUUAGAUUAAUAUUAUUUCGAGUUCUACUGCCAAUUUCAUUAUUAUGUCUGUUUUAUAUUCUUUAUUUAAAAAUAAUUAUAAUUUUAUAAAUAAAA